AUGGCUCGCGGUACUAUCCCCCGAUGUAGACAGUACGUAUCCGCGCUGGACCUCGGCGGAGAGACAACGGCGAGGACGAGCCAAUGGCAGCCGGAGCGCUGUAACGGAAGCGCACGCAGUUGCACCAAGGCGGAAAUAUGGAGGGCGCUGUUACGCUGCGAAACAGCCGAACGAACGCCUGCCACCCUGUUCCCCAGCAGAAAGUCCAGCGGUCCCUCGGAGGGCACUCUGGCCAAUGACCAGCCUUCAUUCCUGCACUGGGGCCGCUCGGUGGCCUGUCACCUGCACUCAACGGGGCCGUGGAAAGCGCAAAGCUCGGUACGAUGUAGGCGGUACCUGGCACAAACUGGAGGCGGAACCUGGACGACUUGGCCUGUCAGGACCUUGCAGCGAUUUCUCAACCUCUCUCGCAAUCAUUUUUCCCGCAAAAGCUUUAGUUCGCACUGCUCCCCCCAGUCCAACUUUCGACCUCGACUCCAUCAUCCUCUCCUCUCCUCUCUUCCUCCUUUCCCCCUCGUAGCCACACUCGUGCAUCUCUUUGCUCCUCCUCCCUCCUAUCGUUAG